AGAUACAUACGUAGUUUUAUUGUGUAAUCUGACCUGAUAUGUGUUUCAAUGUGGUAAGUCCUUCUGUUUCGUGAAAUGAAUAAUUCCAUAGAAACUGAUUCAUACAUAGCUGUCUCACCGGGAUGAUGGGACAAAACACACUUAUCUUGCAACUGAGCCUCUUCAUUUGGUUUCCAGAUGCUAGCGUCACUAACAAUGUCUGUGAAGAAAAGGUUAAAAAUGGCCAACCAACACCCGAUAAUGUCUUUCCAACUGUUCCAUCAGCACUUAUUAAUAUGGUAGUAGCUGGUGUUUCAUCCCUGAGUUUCGGUGAUCAGUGUAAGUUUGUUCACUUGUUGUACUGUCCUAUUUGGUUUCCGUAUACAUUCAUGGUGUCAUGAGGGAAGAUGGUAAUUUUGUUGUAUUGUCUUUUCUGGCCUCAAUUUUAGGGUUCUGAGAUUGCUAACUGGUAUGUCCUCCUCCUUUAUGAGAUAAUUUCCUAGAUAUUGAGCAUCCCAGGGGUAUGCCUGUGCGGUAGACAUAAUGCACAUUACACACAGCUCAACCACUUCAUUUGGUUUCCAGAUGCUGCAGUGACUCACAACGUCCAUGAAGAGAAGAUGAAUAACGGCCAACCAGCACUUCAUACUGUGUUUUUAACUGCUCCACCAGGUCUUGAUGCUACUGUCACUCAAAAUGUCCAUGAACAGAAGAUGGAAAAUGGCCAACCCCAAACUGAUAAAGUCUUGUCAACUGUUCCACUAUGCCUUGGUCAUAUGACUGCAGCUGGUAUUCCAUCCAUGAGUAUCAGGGAUCUGUAUUCUACUGUUCCUCAGAAUGUCUGUGAAGAGAAGAUAGAAAAUGAACAAAUGGCACCUGAUAGAUUCUUGUCAAGUGUUAUAGAAGGGUUUAUAAAUUUCGCAGGGGCUGGUAUUCCACCCCUGAGUACUGGGGAUCAGCAUGCUACCGUCACUCACAAUAUCAAUGAAGAGAGAAUGAAAAAUGUCCAGCCCCAACCUGACGCUACCAUCACUCACAGCGUCCAUGAACAGAAGAUGGGAUAUGUCCAACCAGCACCUGACAACGUGUUGUUGACACGUCCACCACGACUUAUUAAUAUGGCAGGCACUGGUAUUUCAUCCAUGAGUACCAGGGAUCUGGGUAAGUUUGUGUAUGCUACCAAAACUUAUAAUGUCCUUAAGGAGAAGAUGGAAAAGGGCGAACCCCAACAUGGCAACAUCUCAUCAACUGCUCCAAUAGGACUUACUAAUGUGGCAGGAGCUGCUAUUCCAGCCAUGAGUACCGAUGGUCUGUAUGCCACCGUCAGUCACAAUGUCCAUGAACAGAGGAUGGAAAAUGACCAACCACAACAGGAUAACGUCUGGCCAAAUAUUCUAGCAUGGUUUAUUAAUAUGGCAGGAGCUGGUAUUCCAGCAAUGAGUACCAGGGAUCUGUAUGGUACCAUCUCUCACAAUGUACAUGAAGAGAAGAUGGAAAAUGGCCCAUCCCAAACUGGUUUUACCAUUGCUCAACAUGUCUGUGAAGAAAAGAUAAAAAGUGACAAAACAGCACCUCAUGAAUUUUUGUCAACUAUUACAGCAGGGCUUAGGAAUUUCACAGAAGCAGAUGCUGCGGUCACUCACAAUGUCCGUGAAGAGAAGAUAAAUAACCGCCAACCAGCACCUGAUAACGUCUUAUCAGGUGCUCCACCAGGGCUUGGUAAUUUGGCAGCAGCUGGAAUUUCAUCCACGAGGACCAGAGAUCUGUAUGCUGCAGUCACUCAUAAAAUCCUCGAAGAGAAGAUAAAUAACGGCCAAUCAGCACCUGAUAACCUCUUGUCAACUGCUCCACCAGGUCUUGGUAAUAUGGCAGCAGCUGGACUUUCAUCUAAGAGGACCAGAGAUCUGUAUGCUACCAUCACUCAAAAUGUCUGCAAAGAGAAGAUGGAAAAUGACCAACCAACACGUAAUAAGGUCUUGUCAACUGUUCUCCAAGGACUUCCUUAUUUGGCAACAGCUGGUCUCCCAGCCAUGAGCACCAGGGAUCAGUAUGCUGCCGUCACUCACAAUGUCCGUGAAGCCAAGAUAAAUAACGGCCAACUAGCACCUGACAAUGUCUUGUCAGCUGCUCCACCAGGUCUUGGUAAUACGGCAACAGCUGGAAUUUCAUCCACGAGGAACACAGAUGCUACCAUCACUCAAAAUGUCCGCAAAGAGAAGAUGGAAAAUAACCAACCAACACCUAAUAACGUCUUGUCAACUGUUCUGCAAGGACUUCCAUAUUUGGCAACAGCUGGUCUCCCAGCCAUGAGCACCAGGGAUCAGUAUUCUACCAUCACUCACAAUGUCCAUGAGGAGAAGAUUAAAAAUGCCCAAACGGCACCCAAUAAUGUCUUCUCAGCUAUUCCACCAGCACGUAUUAAUAUGGCAGCAGCGGGUGUUUCAUCCAUGAGUACCAGGGAUCAGUGUACGUUUGUUCACUUGGCGUGCUGUCCUACUUGGUUUCUAUAUGCAUGCGUAGUGCCAUGAGAAAAGAAUACACUGUUGUUGUACUAUCUUUACUGGCCUCAACUUUACGGUUCUCAGACUGCUAGUUGGUAUGUCCUUCUUCUUUAUGAGAUCAUUUCCUCGAUACUGAGCAUACGAGCGGUAUGCC